UUUUGAGCUUGAAAUACUGCACUUCGGUGUGUGAAUUCGGGAAACAUUUUUGUGUUAUUUUCCAAGUUAAAAUGAGUUUAGACUUUAGCAGACAAGAUACCCAAAGUGGCGCAGGGCCUGGCUUUGUAGGCAUUCGUUUCUGUCAGGAAUGCAAUAAUAUGCUCUACCCAAAAGAAGACAAAGAGAAUAAGGUCCUACUGUAUGCGUGUCGGAACUGCGACUAUCAACAAGAGGCCGAUAACAACUGUGUUUAUGUCAACAAAAUCACCCAUGAAGUAGAUGAGUUAACUCAGAUUGUAGCUGAGGUUGUAGCAGACCCUACUCUUCCACGCACUGAGGACCAUCCGUGCCCUCGCUGCAGAAAUAAAGAGUCUGUUUUCUUCCAGUCCCAGACAAACAGAGCAGAGGAAGGGAUGAGGCUAUACUACGUGUGCACAUCACCAAACUGUGGUCAUCGAUGGACAGAAUGAAUGAACGACGCUCUAUCAAUAAAACUUUCAAGUUUCUAAUACACCCAUUUAAACAGUCUGAAAUUAUCCAUGGAACACUAGUGAGGUUUGCAAUGUCCAAGAGGUCAUGACCUCUGCUGACUGAUCUUAGCAACGGCACCUCCGGCAGUGAGAAUGUUUCAACCAACAUGUGUGCAAACUGAAGACCGAGACACAUUUUGGAUGGCAUGACCGAUGGCAUUGUUUUGUUUACUCUGUUAAAUUAGAUGAACUACAUGUUAAGCUGGUAGAAUUGUUCCGAACAAACUGUUGAAACUGAUGCAUUAUUUUACUGGGAUUUACAGUGGAAAGGAAGAAUUCCUCUAAUUUAAGUUUGUUUUCUCUAUAACUUGUAAAAAGGCACUUGUACAUUCCUUCUGAUGUAGUUGUUCAAAUACAAGAACACGACAUUUAGAUCUUCUGCAAGUCACACUUUAAGAUUGUUUUUCUCAAAUUUAGGAAUCAAAGUCUGUAGUCAGGAAAGUGCUAGGCAGAACACAAGUGCUUAGCAAAAGUUAGAGGAAACCAUUUACAAACACUUUGUAUCACUUUGCAGUUUGUUUUUUUUCAGCUGGUGAGGAGGGCCCAUUUUAACAGACCUGCUAAAGCAGAAAAUCUUGCUCAGAGCAUAAACAAGCAGAAUAACGGUCACCAACAUGAAUGGUAGUGACUCUAGUACUAUUACCAUUAAGCACAAUUGCUUUGCACUUUGUUGAUAUUUUGUAGGAACAGCUAUUUGAAGUUGGGCUGCUAUUCGCACUUUAGCAAAACUUUACUUUGAUUUAGAUUUGAUGAUAAUGUAGCUCUUUGUAUCACAAACCUGCUUGUUUUUUUAAUUAACUUGGGUUUGUUUACCAAUCACACUUUCCAAAGUUUAAACCUCGCUGGGAAAUGCAGACGAGAGUGAUGUAUAUAACUGGUUUGAAAGAUGAAUUUUGUAUAAUAAAACCCAGCAUGCAUUGUUUACAACAAAAUAAAAUAUCAAACAUGAUAAUA